AUGAGCGCCAUGGAUAGCACAACAAUCUCUCCGCAAGUCAACCCGCCCGCAGCCGCCGCGCCCCUUAUCCGCAAUAGCGAGCCGGCCGCAGACGAAGGUAUACUGGCCAAGGGAAAGAAGAUUCUUGGCCUCGGCAAGAAGCAGGGAGGUGCUAAAGACCAACAUGUUGAAAAGGCAGAAGCGACUGGACGCACCAUGUCUCCAACCUCUGCGCCAACGCUGUUACCCUCGCCGCCCCUCACCAUGUCACCGACGGACCGAAGAGCGUCACCUCGGGGCAGCCCUCGAAUGUUACCAGUGGGCGCAUCUCCCAAUCGCCGCAUCAAUCGCUCCUCUUCGCCCGGCCUCCAUUCACCGUCUUCGUCCUCGAUCUUUGAGCGCAACGUACAAGAGCCCGAGCCAUCGGCAGAUGUUCCAGCACAUAUCAAAACUGAAGACUACAUACCACCUGCGUUGGACGCCUCUUCGUUGGCGAUUACAGACAACCACCUGAACCCCGAUGAGGUGGAGAUUGUAAUGCACUCGGCACAUCAGCCUGCCUCUGCAGCUGUCGCUGGAAGCAUGGCUGAUUCGUCGGUGUACUCGCCGUCUCUCCGGCAUGAAGACACUUCGGCUUCCGGGCAUGCUGACAUGACCGAAUCAGCGUCAGGCUACGGCUCACUGGACAUGUCUGAUCCGCGCCGUUUGAGCUUCAUUUCAUUCGCAGACGUGGUGCAGGCAGAACACGUCGAGCAGGACAGACAGGAGAUGUUGGGCUCCAACGACGCGUUGCAAUUCACAAGUCUCUCGGCAAAGGCCAAUCGAUCGCCCUCUCCCGUGACAUCUCCUGCAUCCUCGCACGGAUUGAGCGCAUCCCCACCCCUGAGUGGAGCUGCGUCUCCAAAGGUGGCAGAUCACGGAAGCACGCGAUCUCCUGGUAGCCCUACUUCUCCUACAGCUGUUGGCACGCACAGCCCUCCGUUAGGCGGAGAGCCGCCUCUUCAGAUCGAGACCAUGCGACAGGCGCUGCGGAAAACGCAUUCUGGCGACUUGAGUGGCUUCCGAUCUCAACCCUUGAGCGCUGUCAGUCUGGAAGACAACGCAGCUGACAAGCCUCCAUUCAAGUAA